CCUAGGCUCCGGCAGUCGCAGCAGCGGGCGCGCCUCCCCGGCCCGGUCCCCGGCUCUUUCCGUGCUAUGGCGGCCUACAGCAAGUACCUGACGGCGCGGAACUCCUCGCUGGCCGGGGCCGCCUUCGUAGUGCUAUGUCUGCUCCAUAAGCGGCGUCGCGCCGCUGCCGCCGCCGCCUCCCGUGCUGGAGGCCCGCAGCACGGUAAGAAAAGUGGAAAACCACCAUUACAGAGCAAUGAGAAAGAAGGAAAGAAAGAGAAGGCUGUGGUGGACAAGGUAUUCUUUUCAAGAAUUCGACAAAUUCUGAAAAUUAUGAUUCCUAGAACAUUCUGUAAAGAGACAGGUUACUUGAUACUCAUUGCUGUUAUGCUGGUAUCUCGCACAUAUUGUGAUGUUUGGAUGAUUCAAAAUGGGACACUCAUUGAAAGUGGUAUCAUUGGUCGCAGCAGAAAAGAUUUCAAGCGGUAUUUGUUCAACUUCAUCGCUGCCAUGCCUCUUAUCUCUCUGGUGAAUAACUUUUUGAAGUUUGGGUUAAAUGAACUUAAACUGUGCUUCCGAGUAAGGCUCACUAAAUACCUCUAUGAGGAAUAUCUCCAAGCUUUCACAUAUUAUAAAAUGGGAAAUCUGGAUAACAGAAUAGCUAAUCCAGACCAGCUGCUUACACAGGAUGUGGAAAAAUUUUGUAACAGUGUAGUUGAUCUCUACUCAAACCUUAGUAAGCCAUUUUUAGAUAUAGUUUUGUAUAUCUUCAAGUUAACAAGUGCAAUUGGAGCUCAGGGACCAGCUAGUAUGGUGGCCUAUUUGAUUGUCUCAGGCUUUUUCCUGACCCGCCUCAGGAGACCCAUUGGUAAGAUGACAAUCACUGAACAAAAAUAUGAAGGAGAAUAUAGAUACGUCAAUUCUCGGCUCAUCACAAACAGUGAAGAAAUUGCCUUUUACAAUGGGAAUAAAAAAGAAAAGCAAACAAUUCAUUCAGUCUUCCGUAAACUGGUGGAGCACUUGCAUAACUUCAUCUUCUUUCGAUUCUCCAUGGGAUUUGUUGAUAGCAUUAUUGCCAAAUAUCUUGCCACUGUGGUUGGCUACCUGGUUGUGAGUCGUCCUUUCCUGGACUUAUCGCAUCCUCGACACCUUAAGAGUACCCAUUCAGAACUGUUGGAGGAUUACUACCAAAGUGGAAGAAUGCUUCUGAGAAUGUCUCAGGCUCUGGGCAGAAUAGUCUUGGCCGGUCGUGAAAUGACCAGAUUAGCUGGUUUCACAGCUCGGAUUACAGAAUUAAUGCAAGUACUGACAGACUUGAAUAAUGGCAAAUACGAGCGCACAAUGGUGUCUCAACAAGAGAAAGGUGCUGAAGGAGCUCAAGUCAUUCCCUUGAUCCCUGGUGCAGGAGAAAUCAUCAAUUUAGAUAAUGUUAUUAAGUUUGAUCAUGUUCCUUUAGCAACACCAAAUGGAGAUAUCUUGAUUCGUGAUCUUAACUUUGAAGUUCGAUCUGGAGCUAAUGUUUUGAUUUGUGGUCCAAAUGGAUGUGGAAAAAGUUCACUUUUUCGUGUUCUUGGUGAACUGUGGCCUCUCUUUGGUGGGCGUUUGACUAAACCUGAAAGAGGAAAAUUGUUUUAUGUUCCCCAGAGGCCUUAUAUGACACUUGGAACACUGCGAGACCAAGUGAUUUAUCCAGAUGGGAGAGAGGACCAGAAAAGGAAGGGGAUAUCUGAUCAGGUGCUGAAGGAAUACUUAGAUAAUGUCCAGUUGGGUCACAUCUUAGAACGGGAAGGAGGCUGGGACAGUGUUCAGGAUUGGAUGGAUGUACUCAGUGGUGGAGAAAAACAAAGAAUGGCGAUGGCAAGAUUAUUUUAUCAUAAACCCCAGUUUGCCAUUUUAGAUGAAUGUACUAGUGCUGUUAGUGUUGAUGUAGAAGGCUACAUUUACAGUCAUUGCCGGAAGGUUGGUAUCACCCUUUUCACUGUGUCUCAUAGAAAAUCCCUUUGGAAACACCAUGAGUAUUACCUGCUUAUGGAUGGGAGAGGCAAUUAUGAGUUCAAGCAGAUAACUGAAGACACAGUUGAGUUUGGCUCUUAAAAUUUGAAGAAUUACAGCUGCUUCCUUGAAAUAAGUUCAGAGUACCCAUGGAAAUACAAAGUACAUUGUAAAAUAAAGUUAUCAAGCUUGUUUAAAAACAAUUAACUCUGGUAUAGAAUAAUCGAAAACAAGCGGUUAAAAACAUUUAAUAUUAUGUAGGAUAUUGCUAAUUGUGUAUAUGUUGGUUUAAUUAUUAAUAUGUACUAAGAAUGUCCUUAUUCUUGUGGUUAAAAACCUGCCUGAAUUAAAUUGGGCUUAAAUCAGUGUAACCUGAUUCAUCCUGGGAUGUAAACCAUUUGAAGUCAGCUAAUUUGACUUUUGUGGACCUUCUUUUUCCUUCAGUGAAGAGCCCCAUUUAAAAUUGGGGUCAUCACCUGUCCUCUUCUAACAAGACAGUCCUGGGUUUUCUUUGCCUAUCCCAAGGUACUGGGGAACACACAAAAAAAUCAUAGUGUAUUAUGAAAAUCUUUCACAUCAUCACAUAAUAGCAGUUAGUUGCACAGUGACAGAUUUUUUUAGCUGCCACAUUUACACUCAUUCCUCAUGUCUCAGAGUGCUUUUGAUUCCAUGAAAGCCUCUCUGACCUCUCCUUUUCUAAAUAACAAAUGUGCCCCCUCCCUUUACAGUUUUGGGUUUGGAGAUGUAGUGACAACAUCCAUUUUGUUUUGCUUACAAGAGUGGUUACUACCUGCCUUACCUUCUCAGAAUUUGGGAAGGUCUUUAGAAAUCAAGCUCCACUGUUCCAGAGAUUUUUUUAAAAAUUUUUUUAAAGAGUUGGACAAAUUUGUGUAUCCUAGUAGACCAUUCCUUAGAAGUCUGGUGGUUCUGUAGUGUUAACAUCUAAGGUAUAGGAAUGCCCUGUGUGAGGGUAUUGCACUAAUAGGCAUUCUCCUACCAUGAUUUCAUGUUUGAAAAAAAAUGGUCUUUUUAUCGAAACAGUGUGCGCAUGGGAGAAAUUAUCUGCGUCCUAGGGUCUAGUUUUCCUGUGUGAAUUCUGAAUGCCUUUUUAUUAUAUUUGGAUCAUUAUGUUUAAUUACUCUUUCCUGAUGUAGAAGUUGAUUGCCCCUUACUGUUUCUGCAAAUUGCCCUUAAAUUACAUGUAUUAACUUCCACAAUGAGAACUUCAACUAGCAUAAUCAAUAUAAUUAGUAUAAUCAAUUUUAUCCAGACUGGGGCUCAGAAAGGCGCUUUUUGUAUUCUUGUCCCUGCAUAAUUCUGCAGAUCAUUGGCUACUAAAGUGAAACUUGAUGUACUCGUUCCAUGAGACAUAACAAUGUUUUUACCACUUCUCUUAGAAAAAUUAUCUACUUCUCAUUUACUUUCUGUUCAAAUUAAAAAAAAAAAUCAGAUCUUACAAGA